GUAGCACAUGUCUACCAUGCUGUUAAGCAUGGCCUCAGCUACAACUCAUCUGAUUGCGCACAUAAAUUAAAUCAAAAGACCCUGUCUGACUCUGCCAUCGCUAAGAAGAUGUCCUGUGGGAGGACAAAGUCUGAAGCAAUAGUGACAGAUGUUCUGUCCCCCAUGGCAGUAGAGGAGGUUAUCAAAGUUCUGAAAAAUGAUGGAAACCCUCUCCCAUUCUCCCUCCACACCGAUGCCUCUAAUAGGGGUAAUAGGAAGAUGUUCCCCUUAGGCGUACAGUUUUUCACCCCUAGUGCUGGUAUAGUCAACAAGGUCAUUGAUUUUGUGGAGACUGCAGAUGAGACCGCAGAUGGGAUUGCGAAGAUGUUACUCAGCUGCCUCCAAAACCUAGGUCUAUCGCCGGAGCAAAUCUCUGCCUUCAGUGCAGACAAUGCAAACGUGAACUACGGCAGGCACAACUCUGUCUUCACCAAAUUGAGGGAGACCAACGAUGGAAUCCUGCGUGGCAAUUGCCAUGCACACAUCAUCCACAACACCUUGAAAAAAGCCCUUGACAGCCUCUCAGUGGAUGUGGAAAACAUAGUGCUCAAGGUGUUUGGUUUCUUUUCACUGUCAGCCAAAAGAAGAGAGUCCCUGAAAGAGUUUUGUGAGUUUUGUGAUGUUGAAUUCCAUGAAAUCCUGCGUCAUGUGGUGACAAGAUGGCUAUCUCUCAACCCUGCAAUCACACGCCUGUUGCAGAACUGGGUUCCACUGAAGUCGUACCUCGUCAGCAUUGGGGACGAAUGUCCAAGGCACCUGCAGCGAUUGCUGAGGUUGACAGAAGAUGCUGCUGAAGUGGAAGAAUCAGACACUGUCGAAGUGUAUCUGCUAUUCUGCAACAAUGUCAUGUCCCUGUUCGAAGAAGUGGUGAAGAAAUUAGAAAGGAAUUUAACCACAGCUGUGGACCUCUAUGCCAUCAUGGAAUCUUUCCUCAGAGGCCUGAAGCAGAGAAGAGAUGAUGAGUUCUACGGGUACCUGACCAAAAGAAGGCUACAGCGUCUCAUACCAUCUGAUGCUGAUGUUGCCAGGCAGGAGUUCAAAGCCUUCUUAAACCAUGCCAUCGAUUACCUUGAGAAGUGGUUUGACUACUCAGACAAAAACUGGCUCUUCAACCUACAGCCCCUCUCUCUCACAUCUGGCAAGAUUUCUUUUGAUGACCUUGAGAAGAUCAUUGAACAGCUUCGCCUGGUUGGCAGGCUAAAUCUCUGCAUGGACAACGUCUAUGAGGAGUGUGUGACUGCAAAUGGCCUUUUGGCCCACCUCACUGCACCUCAGGAGGACUGGCAAAGCAAACAGACUGCAGAGAGGUGGAUGCAGCUUCUCCAGGCAGCUGCCCUGCCCAACCUCCAGGCUGUUGCAUCUUUUCUACUCAGCAUCCCCUCAUCUACUGGCUUUGUGGAGAGGAUCUUCUCCCUCAUGAAUGCAAAAUGGUCUGACGUGAGGAACAGAUGUUCCACUGCACUCAUCAAGGCAGAGCUCAUUGUCAGCCUCAACUAUGGCAUGCCUUGCUCAGAGUUCUACUCAGCAGCCCUAAACAAUAAAAGGCUUCUAGCUGCUGCAAGAAGCCAAAAGAAAUACAAAUGGAAGCAAUGAGAGAAAUGAGAGUAUAGCAGCUCAGCAUUAAGAAAUAAAGAAUGAAGAAAAAAAUGCACAGCCACUUUCUGUUCCCGUGGUCCAUUAUCUUGCAAUUGUUGUACGUGUUUUGUGUUCAAAAUAAAUUGUGAAAACUGUUAACUGUGGAAAUGUCUCAGUUACAUCAUUUGCCCUAAAAUUGGUUAAAAUGCAGGAAAUUGCUCCCUGAA